AUGGAAAAGUUCAAGGCCAUGCUGGACCUGCAGAGCAAGCACCGCAAUGCCCUGGGCUAUAGCCUGGUGACCCUACUGAUGGCUGGUGGGGAGAUCUUCUCUGCAGUGGUGUUCCAGUGUCCCUACACUGCACCCUAAGGCCUGGUGUUCUUGCUGGUGCCUGCGCUCGCGCUUUUCCUCCUGGGAUGUGCGCUGAGCGCGCGCACGUGGCGCCUAUUCACUGGCUGCUGCUCCCUGAGCGCGCGAUUCACUUCGGGGUUGCGCAGCGCGUUCGUGUGCGCUCAGCUCAGCGCUACCGCGGCGUUAGCGCCCCUCACCUGGGUGGCCGUGGCGCUGCUCGAGGGCUCUUUCUACCAAUGUGCCAUCAGCGGGAGCGCGUGCUUGGCUCCAUACCAGUGCAAGGGCCGCGACCCCAACUGCAAUGCCAAGCUACCGCAGGUUCCCUGCAACAAGCAGGAGGCGGAAAUGCAGGAGAUCCUGAGGUUCAGUCUCAGGUUAGGCUCUGGGAGUGAUGAGGAGGUGCUCGGUUGCAUUUUGAUAGCUGCCAUUAUUAUCUUACUUCUUCUUGUUAAGUCUGUGACCCGAUGCUUCUCUCCGGUUAGUUAUCUGCAGUUAAAAUUCUGGGCAAUCUAUUUGGAAAAGGAGAAGCAGAUUCUUCAAAGUCAAGCUACAGAACAUGCGACAGAGUUGGACAAAGAGAAUAUUAGAUGUUUCUUUGAGUGCUCGAAGCGGAAGGAAUGCAACACUCAAAGCAGUAAAGCCUGGCAGGAAAUCUCAGCAUUGUACAAGUUCAAUCCCAAGAACCUCUACAGCAUGCUGCACAAGUAUGUUAGCAGAAAAGAAAUGAACAGCAGUGUCCGCUCUGAGGAAGGAGAUGCAGUGAUCCCUGUCCUUGGCUUUGUAGAUGACAUGUCCAUGACCAACACUGACAGACUAUGA